AUGCCCCCAACAACAAAAACAACCACGAUUAGUUAUCGUCAGAGUUUGUCCAGCUGUCACUUGGAUUCGAAGUCUUGCGGUCAGAUUUCUCUAAUCUCCUGCGUCUGCGUUGGAAAGCGCACCGGCCCGGGAUGCAAUUUCAAGGAUCCAAAGGAUCAAUUUUCGCACCAGCGCGCUGCUCUGACUUUUAUCGUGAACGGAAGAAUCGCGAGAACCACCUUCGAAAUGUGCCCAGAUCCGUAUCACCGAAAGCGCCGAUCAAUCGAUUACGAUAAUUUUUACGGAUACGAUAGCGAAGAAGAACAACCGUCGGACGACUACAUGGAUCAGCAUUAUGACGAGCUGGAAAAAGAAUACGAUGCCUAUACAGCCGAGGAGAAUGCAAGGAGAAACUCUUCGGAAUACAUGGUCGCCGGAUACCGACGAGUUCAUCAUGGAGAAGAAGGAUUCUUGCCAUUUUUUGUCUCCAUAAGAUAUUCAAAGAGUUCAAGGAUUCAUUUUUGCGGCGGAGCGAUGUACGAUGAAAAUACAGUUAUUACGGCAGCUCUCUGUUUCGCCGACCGAGGAACGAUUGCCUCUAAAUUUCGAGUCACCAUGGGUCACAAACAGCGUAAAUGGAGAUAUGCAAGAAGGGAAGAUGGAUUUCAAGAAUUCCGUAUCAAAGAAAUCAUCAUGCAUAAACGAUUCCAACGCAUUGAUUUUUUGAACGACAUCGCGAUCGUCAAGCUUAGUAAAUCAGCGAAAUUCACCGAAUUUGUCCGACCAAUUUGCCUCCUCCCGGAUUGUUACGAGCUUCCACCCGGCACUACUGCUAUCGUUGGCGGGUGGGGGGAAAACGAAGGCCAUGAGGCGACCCAAGUGCUCAACUUCGCAACGGCGCAUGUUUAUGAAAGCAGAGAGUGCACCAGAUUCGCAGGAGCCGAUUAUCUGAGGAGAGACGGAAGCCAACUAUGUAUCGGAUACAAGGAGGGCGGGAUUGAUACUUGCCACGGCGAUUCUGGAGGACCUGCAAUAGUGAAUAUCGACGGAAAAUGGACUCUGAUUGGAGUUGUUUCUUACGGCGUCAGCUGUGGACAAUUAAACAAACCCGGUGUCUUCACGAAUAUCAUUCACCGUUCUGUUUCCGGCUUCUUGAAGGCGAAUUUAUAG